CUUUCGACCAAUGUUUUCAGUGCCCGUUUAGAUACACACCUAUGUGUACAAGCGUGCUAGUGCAAUUAGUAAAAGAUACAUUUAGUGAGCAAAGCGCGCGCAUUAAUUGAGAUAUGAGACUUUUAAUAGCUGCUAUCCUCGCGUUGACCAACUUUCAAAUAAUAGUUCGCGGUCAAGAUGAUUACUGUUUUGGCAAGGACACCGAAAGGCCUCAAACACGUCAUUUCACCUCGAAGACUGCGUAUCAGAUAAUCAAGGGAGCAAAUAUUGAAAGGGAAUACUUAGUUCCAGGCUGCACACCAGUAAAAAUAUGGAUUUUGCAUAGGCAUGGCACUAGACUACCAACAACAAAAACAAUACAAGCCGCGCCGAGACUAGACAUACUUCGUGACGAAAUUGUGAAAAAUUAUCGAGUUCGCCAUACGAAACCAGACACGAAUGCGCUCUGUCAAGAGGACUUGAGCCUAUUAGCGACGUGGAGAUGGAAUACCAGUAUUACAGUUGAUCAAGAACAGUUCUUGACUUCACAGGGUUACGAAGAUCUUAAAGGGACUGCAAAAACUUAUCAAAGGUAUUAUGGAGAUGUUCUGACUAAAGACUAUAACAACACAUACUACAAGUUUCGCCACACCCAAACACAACGCACUACCGAAAGUUUCAAGGCAUUUGUUGAUGGUCUUUUUGGCUCAAAUGUCAACGUACAGCCAGAGGAAAUUCCUGAGCAAGAUCUGCUUUUGAGGCCUUAUGACUACUGCGAAUCGUGGAAGGCACAUGACUACAGUGGAGAGAACUCUGAAAGCUAUAAAUUUAAACAUUCAACUAUCUGGAAUACAACCGUUGCCAAUAUUUCAAAACGAUUGGGUUUUCAAUACACUUUGGAGUCAAGCGACGUUGAACUUAUGUGGGACAUGUGUCGAUAUGAACAGGCUUGGCAAGUUGAUCGCACCAGCGUGUGGUGUUCCGUCUUUACAGGUGAACAAGUUAGCGUGUUUGAGUAUGAAGAUGAUAUGAAAUACUAUUACAAACUUGGCUAUGGAUAUGAGGAAAACACUCGUCUUAACUGUCGUGCAGUCCAGGACAUGUUGAUUCAUCUGAAUAGCUCAACUACACCCAAUGUCGUGGCUUAUUUCGGGCACACAAGUGGUGUACAAACCCUACUUGCUGCUUUGGGAAUCGCCAAGGAUGAUAUUCCCCUUACUGCCGCUAACUAUAACAAAAGCGACUAUCAUUGGAAAACGAGCCAAUUGGACCCUUUUGCAUCAAACUUCGUCGCCGUAAAAUAUGAUUGUAAAGGUAACACUACCGACAAAGUCAUAUUCUUUCUCAAUCAAAACGCGGUAGAUCUCGAAUGGUGCAACGUUGGCUUAUGCAAUUGGUCAGAAGUUUUAAAACGCUACCAAACGUUUUAUACAGCGGACUGUAGCAAUUAUUAUUGCGCGGAUGCAGGUGCUACUUCUUUGGUUACGUCGUUCGGCGUCUUGUUACUUAUUUCAGCUAUACUUUACUUAAUACACUAACCACCGUAUAAAUGUUAUUUAAAAUGUAUUUAACUGUGCACUUUUUAUAAAACAACUUAAGUCGACUUAGCACUUUUCUCCGAAAUAUUUAACCAACGAAUCAUUCAUAGCCAUAGCUUCAACAAAUAUCUUAAUAAAAGUUGAAUAAAGUACCAAAUUUCACUUUGAUAAAUCAGAAUUUAUUGACCCCAAUCCAAAAUUUGUUAAAGUCACUUAGUAGUUUUGUCAAAAGUCUAGAUACAUGUAUGUUUAUGCAGUCUUUUUAUUUCUACUUUUUAUUUCUACUUCUUGUAUUUUUUAUGGAGAAAGAGGCAGAAUUGCAUACCUUUUUGAGUAUUAGAGGGGCAAUAAUUUACACUUUAUUUAAAAUUAAAUUAACAAUUUAUUUUGUAAAUAUCACCACUAUAAAGUUGAAAUUAAAUAAAUCAAACUAAUUAGUACAAAUAUGUUAAUAUUAUUGCAUUGUUUUAGUAUUUGUUUGUUAAGAUAAAUAAAUGUAAUAAAGAAUGUAAAUGUAAUAAAAAUGAAGAAACAAAAUAAUGCUAUGU